GCUUUCCGGAUUGCUGAUAUACGUCUUCUGCCGCCUCCGCACCUUUGCCUCGUGCCUUUGCCUUACUACCAGGGGCGAAUACCAAACUCGCGCCAAAAAAUGGGAAAAUGGACAGUCGGAUACCAUGAUGAAGUCCUUCGCGCCAAGAUGAAAAGCCUAGUUUCUGGUGCAAUCAAGCGCUCCAAGCUUGAGAAUGCAGAGCCCUGGAUCAGCUACGACACUUUCGUGGAAGAGUUAGACAGUGGCGACUCAUUCACGACCUCCAUCAUCGAUAUACUUGUCAAAGAGCUCGCAGAGCGUCAUUUCCGGCACAAUGAGGCGGACCGCGGGCUUAUAGCGGACCGCACUGCUCUCUCACUCAAACGACUAUCAAAUCCUGUAAGAGUGUAUGGGGCACGUAGCGACUGGCGGGGUGUCGUGGGAAGAAGAGGUGUGGACUUGACGGAAUAUUUGUCUGCGCCUCCUGAUCAGGAUGAAAUGGAUGAGGAUGACGAGGACGUUAAUGUCUCGUACGAACCUGCCAAUGGUGGCAUAUUAGAAGGUGCCCGCAUCAACUCAGAACUGUACGAUGCAUAUGGGUCACAGCCACCCAGUUGGUCGGGUUUCCCAGACUCGUAUCCUUUGAGAAGGUCCCAUUUUUUCCGUCCGUCAUCAGCAGACAGUUCCAGCGCAGAUAGGACGCUACCACCCUUACAAGACUCCUCUUCCACAACGCGCAGCAACCCUUGGCAAUUUCCCGCUGCCAAUGGGCCAUUUAGCUCCAAUCUAUCUCGCCAAGGAUCUAUUCGCCGACCUGCUAGAACCAGGGCAACGGAUUUCAAUGAUUUUACUUCUCGCCGUCGCUCUUCCAUUCGCCAAAAUACACAAGAAUCAGGUAGCCUGAGGUCAGAGACAUCUGCUCCUAUUAUUUCACAUGCAGAUGUAGCUACCUCAUCUUCUCGACCCCCUCCUGAUGAGCCCAUUUCCUUGCCAAGCGCACCAGCUAGACGUUUUUUCCCUUUCGGCAGGACCCGUCGCUACGAGGUGGUUAUGCCUGGUACUCCACUAUGGGCGCCAAGUGUUUCCGACGAGAUGAUCCUCCCCAUACAUCCUCCUCUAAGCUCUGUUUCUUCGUCGCAGUCGGCACCCUUUACAGCACCUGAACCUGGCCAUGAAGUAAGCGAGGAGCGUUCACAGGCUCCUCGACUUCGUCGUGGUGGGUUACGGGCACCUGAAUCCAUGCUCUCUCGCCAUACAUCACCUUCUCCACCAACAAUUCAAGUUGAUGCAAGCUCAUCCCCAGUUGUUACUUUGGCUCCACCUUCUUCGAACCCCCACCUUGAACCUGCUUCCGUACCUGCUGGCUCUGAGCAUCCCGUGGAUCCUGGGCCAAAUUUCUUACCACCACUCGUAGCAGAAGAGAUUAUUUAACAUGGGUUUAGGACAUUCAAUUGGAAAACUUGUACUUUUAGUAUAUUCGUACUUCUCCGAGAUAUAAGAGUUAGAGUUUGGUAAAUAUGGUCAAAUACAGU